AUUCAUAAUAGGUAGAAUUCAAGCAUUGUGCCUUCUGGGUUUUCUUGGUUGGAGCUAUAUAUAUAUAUAUGGAACCAGAAGUAACAUGGUUAGAUUUAGGGAGCUCUCUCCCCGUUCCUUGUGUUCAGGAGCUGGCGAAGGAGACAAAGGCGAUAGUGCCACCGAGGUAUGUGCGUCCCGAUCAGGAACCUCCCAACCUGUCCGACUCCACAGCUUCUUUACCCCAAGUCCCAGUCAUCGACAUGCAAAAACUAUUCUCCCCGAAAUUUAUGGACUCUGAGUUGGAGAAGAUGCACCAUGCAAGCAAAGAAUGGGGCUUCUUCCAGUUAAUAAAUCAUGGGGUGAGCACUUUAUUGUUGGAGAACGUGAAAUUAGACAUUCAAGAAUUUUUUAAGCUGCCGAUGGAAGAGAAGAAGAAGUAUUGGCAACUACCAGGAGAUUUGGAGGGGUUUGGGCAGGCCUUUGUUGUGUCCGAUGAGCAAAAACUUGAUUGGGGAGACAUGUUCUCUCUCAUCACGCUUCCAACCCAUUUGAGGAAGCCUCACUUGUUCCCUAAGCUUCCCCUCCCAUUUAGAGAUAACUUAGAAGCCUACUCAGCAGAUCUUCAAAACCUUGCAAUAAAAAUCCUUGAACUUAUGGCAAAAGCUCUAAGAAUGGAAAAUAAUGACAUGAAGAAUCAGUUUGAAGAUGGGUGGCAGGCAAUUAGAAUGAACUACUACCCUCCAUGUCCGCAACCAGAGCUUGUCAUCGGCCUCAACGCUCACUCUGAUGCUGUCGGCCUAACAAUUCUCCUCCAACUCAAUGAAAUGGAAGGCCUCCAAAUAAAAAAAGAUGGGAUGUGGAUUCCUGUCAUACCCCUCCCUAAUGCUUUUGUUGUCAACAUUGGAGACAUUUUAGAGAUUGUGACCAAUGGAUUAUACCGUAGCAUCGAGCAUCGUGCGACUGUAAAUUCAGUAAAGGAGAGGCUCUCUAUGGCCACAUUUUACAACCCAAAAAUGGAAGGAGAUCUAGGUCCAGCCCCAAGCUUUAUUACUCCAGAAUCACCAGCAUUAUUCCAAAGAAUUGGUGUUGCAGAAUACUUCAAGAGACAUUCCACACGCAAACUCGAUGGGAAGGCGUACAUUGAUGCAUUGAGGAUCCAGGAUGAGUAACAGAAAGGCUCUUAAGACCAACCAGCCUUCCAUUUUAAAAAAAAACUCAAUGACUACAAUACUCUUCAUAAGGAAAUAAAUGUCAUGAAAACUAUUGUGUAAAGAGUGCCUGUGGCUUCAGUGCUCAAUCUGGUUUGAUUUUAGGCAUGCAAGAUUUAAACAAACACAUAUUCAUGACAAAAA